ACCACCAAGCCUUUCAUCUUCAACACUCAAGCAGUCUUUACUUCACUCACUCUCUUUUCAAUUCACUCCUAGCGAGCACCAGCUUCUUUUCACAAACACCAACAAACAAACUUCAAGCUAUCAAAAUGGUUGCCUUCACCUCCGUCCUCCUUGGCCUUUCCGCCGUUGGCUCUGCCUUCGCCGCCCCCGUUGCCGAUGUCCCUGACUUCGAGCUCUCCGCUACCCCCAGGCACUUGGCUGCCCGCCAGGACUACAACCAGAACUACAAGACUGGUGGUAACAUUCAGUACACCCCCACCAACAACGGUUACUCCGUCACCUUCUCUAACGCCCAGGACUUCGUCCUUGGCAAGGGCUGGAAGCAAGGUACCACCAACAGGGUCGUCAAGUACUCUGGUUCCACCACUGCCCAGGCCGGCACUGUCCUCGUCGCUCUCUACGGCUGGACCAGGGGUAGCAAGCUCGUCGAGUACUACAUCCAAGACUUCACCUCCAACGGCUCUGGUUCCGCUCAGGGCCAGAAGAUGGGCCAAGUCACCUGCGACGGCUCCGUCUACGACAUCUGGCAGCACACCCAGGUGAACCAGCCCUCCAUCGUCGGCACGACCACCUUUGUCCAGUACAUCAGCAACCGCGUCAGCAAGCGCUCCACCGGCGGUACCAUCACCACCAAGUGCCACUUCGACGCCUGGGCCAAGCUCGGCAUGAACCUUGGUAACCAGAUGGACUACCAGACCAUCUCCACUGAGGGCUGGGGCAACGCUGCUGGCAAGUCCCAGUACACCGUCUCCGCUGCUUAAAUUGUGGGUCUGUUCUCUUCACAAUGAACCAGGGGGGUUGGGAUUGUGAAACAAAGGCUUGCGCAAUCAAUCAUCUCUCCCGGAGAGAAGUAGAUGGCCAAGGGGCUUUGUAAAAGGGGGGUUGACUUAGGGAUGCUGCUGCUGUUGCUCGAUUCGUUUGGUGUUUAUUCUUCUUCUUGGUUUGUCAGGGCCUUGACACACCUUGACUUGUACAUACUUCCCCACAUUUUUGCUCCCGUUUCUUGUAGAAACGGAGCUUGAAUAUACAUUAUUGUCUAUGACAAUGUCUGGUU